GACAAAUAUCAUCAGAACUCUGAACUCUCUCCCCCACACCAUUCCAUGAACACAUGAAUACAUGAAUUAUCAAUGUUCUGGUCAGAAGAGAGGGAGAGAGCCAAAAAACAAAAGCAAUUAAAAAAGAGAGAGGGACUCCUGGGGUUAGGGGAAGCAGGCAUGUGGAUGAGUGGGGGACACACCAAACUCAUCAAUUGAAACCCUUUGAAAUUAUUGAGUUUCUGACAUUCAAAAAACCAAUAAAUAAAAAAAGCAUAGCAAACAAACACACACCCGACCCAGUUGCCUCUCUCUCUCUCUCUCUCUCUCUCUCUCUCUCUCUCUUCUACUGCUCACUUGAAAUCUUGGUGGAACUGCUGCAUUUUGGGUCAGUGUCUUGAAAAGAAAAGUCUUUGAGGGAGUCACAGUGAAGAAGAAAGAAAGCACAGACAGAAGCUGCCUCAAGUUCACAACUUUUUUCAUUAGAGCCCAAUUGGAGUUAAAGAAGUUUGCUUCUCUCUCUCUCUCUCUCUCUCUCUCUCUCUCUCUCUGUGAAUUGGUGAGGAUGCCAAGAUCAGGCCCAAGACCAUAUGAGUGUGUUAGAAGAGCUUGGCAUAGUGAGAGACACCAACCCAUGAGAGGUUCUCUCAUUAAAGAAAUUUUCAGGGUUGUGAAUGAGAUCCAUAGCUCAGCUACCAGGAAGAACAAAGAAUGGCAAGAUAAGCUCCCUAUUGUUGUCUUGAAAGCAGAAGAAAUUAUGUACUCCAAAGCAAAUUCUGAGGCUGAAUACAUGGACCUUAAAACCCUUUGGGACCGAACAAAUGAUGCUAUUAACACGAUAAUUCGGCGUGAUGAGGGUACUGAAACUGGAGACUUUCUUCAGCCUUGUAUUGAAGCUGCUCUCAAUUUGGGGUGCAUACCAAGAAGAACUUCGAGGAGUCAACGACAUACUAAUCCACGGUGUUAUCUGAUUCCCAUCACUUCCGAUGUCCCUAGCAUUUCUCCUAGCGUAGUAGAGAAUGCUAGUCAGAGGGAUUACACAUCCAAUUCACAGUUUAGGCCUCAUUGUCCAAAUUUUGUGAAACCCAAAAGUAUGACAACCCAUCUUGGCUUUGAAUCUUCUAGAUUCCCUGUUGUCCAAAAUAAUGACUGCACUACUAUGAAAUUCAGCAUUGCUUCCGAAAAUAUUCCUCCUUCGGGUUAUGACCAAUUCUCCCCUAGGGAAAGUAAGGCAACAUCUAACUUUUCUUCAUACCCUCUGCACUAUGCAAAUUUUCCUCAGUUUGAAGAACUCAAGCCUGGUUUUCUUAUCCUUCCUAAACCAGUUUCUGACCCAAUAGAACCUGCCAAGAUGGGAGUUAUUUCCAAUUUGCUCUGUAAUGGAGAUAAAUCAAAUGACAAUACACAAACAGAUACCAGGGACAACACCGAGAACCCAUGUACGGUUGGGUGUGAUUUGUCUCUGCGGUUAGGCCCACUGUCUACUCAAUACUCAAUCGGUGAAAACAGCCAGCCUGAAGAGGUCAAAGAUGUUGAUGCUCAGGAAGGGACCAUGUGCAGUGAUCAGUCACAACCACAAUUCGAUAGACGACCCUCUUUCAUUGGUAAGGGUAAUGAAUAUGGCCCAAGAGACUCGUAUUCAAGUAGGUUGAAUUUUGAAGGUGAAUAUGUGAAUGUACAAGCGACAAUGAGAAAGCGAAAGGCAGCUUUCAAUCACCCAACAGGGGAUACCAAAUUUUAUAGGCAGCCAGAGCUUCCUUUUAGUCACUUGACUGGAAGUAUGAGAAAUGGAGGUUUGUAGACUGACUCCUGCUUUAGUAAAGUUAGUUGCUUCGAGAUCUUGAUGUCGGCUUAGUGAUUAUGUACUGCCAAAAGCUUCUUUUUGCAAUCUUGAUGUACGUCCUAGCUACAAUUACAUGGUAAUGAACUGAGCUGCUCUUGCAGUGUUGUAAGACAUGAAAUGUAAAUAGUGAAUCUGAGAUUAGAUUAGAUGA